ACAUUUCCUGAUCUGCACACUAUAAAAGACGCUAGCUCCUCAGCAGAAGCAAUCAGGAGAGGGUGGAGGUGUGCAGGAGACCUACCAGGACCUCUGAGAAGCCUGGAUACCAAGAGAGAUGUUUCAAAUUGGGGGCCUCAUUGUCUUCUGUGGGCUGCUGGCCCAGACCACAGCCCUGCUGGACACCCUGCCCUUGCCUCUGGAAGCCCUGCCCUUGCCCCUGGAAGCCCUGCCCUUGCCCCUGGACCCGACCCUGCUUUUGGAGGGGACUGCAGCCCAGGCCCUAAGUCCCACAGAUCUUGCUGGAAGCUUAACAGAUGCCCUCAGCACUGGCCUGCUCUCUGAGGGUCUGUUGGGCAGUCUUGAAAACCUUCCACUCUUGAACGUCCUGAAGACUGGAGGAGGCACUUCUGGUGGCCUGCUUGGGGGCCUGCUUGGGAAAGUGACUUCAGUGGUCCCCCUCCUGAACAAAAUCAUUGAUAUGAAGAUCACUAAUCCCCAGCUGCUGGAACUAGGCCUUGUGCAGAGCCCGGAUGGUCAUCGUCUCUAUGUCACCAUCCCUCUGGGCCUAACCCUCAAUGUGAACACGCCCCUGGCCAUACAACUGUUAAAGCUGGCUGUGAAACUAAACAUCACUGCACAAGUGCUAGCUGUGAAAAACGAAGAGGGGAAGAUUCACCUGGUUCUUGGUGACUGUACUCACUCCCCCGGGAGCCUGCAAAUCUCCUUGCUUAAUGGAUUUGCUCCCCUCCCUAUUCAAGGCCUUGUCAACGGUAUCAGCAGCAUCUUGAACCAAGUCCUUCCUGAGCUAGUACAGGGCGAGGUGUGCCCUCUGGUCAACAAGGUUCUCAGUCAGCUGGAUGUCACCUUGGUGCAUUCCAUUGCUGACUUACUGAUCCAUGGGCUGGAAUUCGUCAUCAAGGUCUAAGCCUUCCAGAAGGGCCCCAGCCUCUGUUGAACUGAACCAUUUCCUGCUGCUCAAUCCACUCUCCUCAGCUACUAAGAGGGCUCACGGGAGGCAGACCCACGUCCUGGACAGUGACACGGCCACUAUUUGGGGACCAGAGCAGCCUUCUCUCCAAGGAAACUACUCUCCCGCCCUCACACCAGGCAUGUGUUGCAGCCCACGUUCCUCACCAAAUAAAGUUGCUCUUUCUCUGCA